CUAAUUUAGUAAUAUAACCAAUGGAAUCGAUUACUUGCAUAGAUUUAAGUAAGCUACUAAUUGAAUAUACUGGGCAUGUCUUGGACCUAGAGACCAUAAAGGUGUCGCGAUAUGACACCUCAGAGGAACUAUCUAAUACCGAAAAGUAUUCUGGAGGUAUAAAAUGUGAUCCUUUGGAACAUAUAAAAAUCAGAAUCGCCAACAUACCGCAAGAUAAACGCACUGCAAAUGUAAAGCGACGUAAAUAUGAAGGCGGUUUCACCAUCUGGGAGAGUACGUGGCUACUGGCUGCCUUUAUAGAGAAGCAUGUUAAACCCGGAAAUAACAACUUCGCAAUCGAUCUAGGAUGCGGUAAUGGAAUAUGUGGAAUCCUGGCACUAAGGAAAAACUAUAACGUACUAUUCCAGGAUCUCAAUUGGGAUGUGCUGCAGGAAUCGGUUAUACCAAACUGUCUCUUAAAUUCAUGCUUGCCACAGUUGAUAUCAGUGUAUAGGAAACGACUUGAAAAGGACGUCUUAACUGAGAGUGUACACCAAGAUAGUGGCAAUGAGACUUCUAGCCACGUGGUACCUGUAGAACAAAUCGGUGUCCACCAAGUUGUGAACGUAACUUUUGAAAGUACUAAGGAUAACAUUAUCCAACAUAGCAGGUUCAUCAGAGCAACUGUCCGGGAUAAGAACAUAACUCCAAAGGGUGCUGAUGACGACAAACAACUCGAUCAGACUAUUCUAGGAAACUAUACUAUAUCAGAUGACAAAUCAAUGCAAUACGAAUUGCUCUCAACUAUGUGGGAGGAUAUGCCAACGCUAUCAACAUCAAUACUGUCAAACAGAAUGAAUAAAUGCGCCCUCAUCGUAGCAGGUGAGUGCCUUUAUAGACAAGAAUGCUACGAUGCUAUCGCAAAGGUUAUACAUACCUAUCUAUGCCCCGAAACCGGAGUGGCAUAUAUAGGAACCAAAAGGGUAUAUUUUGGCAUGGAUGGAGGUACAUUUGAGUUCAUAUCCUUUAUAAAGGAUCAAUGCGAUUUAUCUCCGAAGUUAACAGCCAAGGUAUGCAAGUCACACCGCACUCCAGGCAGCACCAACAUCAUAGACAUUAUAGAAGUACGAUUCGAUGUGUAGACAAGUGCUUUUCAAACCGACAUCGCAGAAUAUCCUGGCU